AUAUGCAAGGUACGGGAUAGUCUGCGUGUUGUCAAAUGAGCACUGCUGCUUUUCUGCGCUGGCCGGUCCGCCCGCCCGCUCACUGAGGGCCUCUGCUAAUGCACCGAGCGGCCGAGCACCAGCAUCGGCUAUUUCCCGCUGCCCGCGUCUUCGUAUUUGCAGCAGUGGCCGCCGCCUCUCUUAGCAGGAGCCUAUGCGUCGAAUGGAGCUACCGCCGCGCCAAUCGACAAUCCUGGAGCCUCCACGGUCGGAGCAGUAGCAGCUGUAGUAGGCCCUAUCAACUCGCCAAAGUCACGGUGUGUAGGACCUGAUUUUAUAGCACACUGUUUUGCUGUUCGCUGGAUCUGAUAGUUAUUUUACGUAGGCGUUGUUAGUAUUGAGUUGCUCCCCCGCCACUUUCUCGGUUCUCUAUCGACCUGAGACCGUCGUCGUGGCCGUGCGUGUCUCUGGCUGUGUUGAGCUGCAACUUGAUACAGCACAACACACAAGCAACGAUCGACAGUUAUUACAAGGCGGACUAGUAGUUGCUGGAGUAGGCAGCAGCCAUACGUGGUAACAGGGCAGCGACAGGCGCCUCACCAAAUCGUGCCAAUAGUAUGCUCACGUUGUGAUGACUACGCCGUUGUCAGCUGUUAUUUUCCUCGCAGGCAAGACCGAGCUUCCUGUCUGUCGCUUACCUGUCCGGUAUUUUGUAAUCCACUGACAUCAAUGCAUGCUCUUUUAAAGGGCAGCGUAUACCUGCUUUCGUAGUCAUUGGCCGACUGCGACAAAUUCUCUAGGAGGGACAUGAUCGACAGCUCAUUUCCCCCACCACGAAGAAAGUGAGGGUAAAAAGUCACAAAUCUGAUCGAAAGUGACUGCAAGAGAUAAUACCUGUCAAACGAUCUCGACCAAACGACGUGGACUCGGCGGCUGUGUGUGUCUAUGUGUGUGUGCGGUGUACGUCAUCGCUUUGCCUCUGUAUCUUCUAACUAUUGUAUUGUCGUUGUUAUUACCUAUUUAUGGCCUUUGCGUUGACUGACAACGCCCGUCAAUUGCAACAACGGCGGUGGCGGCGGCUUACCAAUAGACAACGAGGCAUCAUUACUGUCUCUAGUAAACUCUACGUACUGUUACUCCGUCGUUAGUAUCUGUUUCUCUUGCCUUCGCCCCUUCAAUUUUUUAUUCAAAAAAGCGCUUUUUCGUUUCAUUUGCCUGUGAUUCUAUUGUGAUAACUGUGAUAACGCACCCGUAAUCUAGACGACGGGUACUAAUCAUCCGCUUCAUCGAAAGCGCUCCUGGUUCACUUCGCAUGCUAACGCAAACCGGACGUCACCCGCAACACAAACGACAAAAAAAUAGCAGCGACAACAACAAUAGCAGCAGCAGCAGCAGUGAUAGCAGCAGCAACAACAACAACAACGGGAGAAAACCUGGACAGCGCUACCGACGGCGUCCACUGUAAUCAGAGCAGGGAUCGUUACAAGGACUGAUACUAAUGGAGUUAAUCUGCGCGAGUGAGCGAUAAAUCGUUCACUACAUCGAAAAGCAGUAUACCACUCUCGGCGGAAACUGCUUAUUAUUGCUGGUGUUGCUUGCAGUUGGCACUGAUUAGUAUCGGGUACGUCGUGGUGCCCCUUCGUCGCAACCGAAGACGAGAGGGGCACAGGCAGUAGCUGUUGAGCAGUCCGGUCUUUUACUUAUCAUUAAUGGAUGCCUGACAUCGAUGGUGAGCAGAUUAACCAGCACAAUAGAUAAAAGGAUAAUCGUUAAGAAACUUGCUCCUAAAAUAUGUCUGCACAAUAUCGUCCUUAUCGGGAUGAGGAGGACGUCCCUCCAGAGGAACGUGCUUGGGUGGACGAUGGACCCAGCGGGCGUAUCCAGAUUUACGAAAAAACGACUCAUGAUAUUCACCAUGUGGUCACUCAACGUCAUCUAGUACUCGGCGGAUGUACGAUUGCCAUCGUUGCGGGUUUGAUCGGUUUACUCACCGGUUACUUCGCACAUACGGAAUACGGGGCAUGUAAUCGGGGUCGAUCUGUAGCAUUGUUUUCGGUUUAUGAUGCAGACCAGGACGUUAAGGAGAAAAUUCUUAAAUAUCUUGACCCUACGGUGUUUUCCCACCACGCUGAUCUUCUUAGCGCCAAUCUCACGGAUACGGCGGUAGUGGAGAUGAUUCGAGGCGAGUGGCGGAAGUUGAAAUUAGACGAAAUCGACCUCGAUGAAUUCACCGACUCUGUCGCUCAACAGGGGGAUCAGCCUAACACAAUUGAAAUUAUCUACACAAAUGGCACUAAGGAUCAAACGAAGUUGAUGUUAUCACCCGAUGAGUAUUCAUUCGUAGCUUUCACUGUCAACAAAUCAAUUGAAGGAAAACUUACGUAUGUGUCGAAAUUGGACAGACAGGAUUUCGCAUAUUUACACAAAUUGGGAACAGUAAACGGCACCAUUGCACUGGCCAGAUAUGGCGUAAUACCGUUACGUGAGCAAAUCAAGUAUGCUUUUUCAUUAGGAGCGCUAGGUGUUCUUUUGUAUAUGGAUCCUACAGAUUAUCCGACCGACUAUAAUGAAUCUGCUUUGCCCCGUGUCUCCGCCCCGUAUUUAGAUUUACCUAUUCAAGUCAUUAGUGGGCAACUGGCCAGCAAGCUUCUACUGGAGCUCGACGCAGAUACGAACGGCACUCAAUUACCCAUGCGGAUGCGCGGUGGGUUUAAAAAUGUCCUCUUCGUUUCGGAACCUUCGAGAAAUUUUACGAUCAAAAUCACAACGCACAACAAGGUAAAGUCAGCGAACCUGACCAACGCCAUUGGAGUGCUUCAGGGUCGCGUCGAACCGGACCGUUAUAUCAUAGUUGGAGCAGGUCGGGAUUCUUGGAGUCCGUCUAACGUUGGUGGAACUGCUCUUCUACUGGAACUGGCUCGUGUUUUUGGCCAAUUAGUAAAGGAUGGCUGGCGACCUCGACGUUCCAUCGUGUUCAUCAGUUUCGCUGGCGAGCAUAUGAAUUCUGCUGGGCUCAGCCAUUUUCUACAAUCAAGACUGAACGUGUUGCGAGGUCGCACUGUUGCCUACAUAGACGUCACCAACCCCGUGAUGGGCUCUACUUCGAUCCUAGCCACCAGCUCGCCGCUUCUUAGUCAAGCGCUCUUCAACGCUUCGUCGCUCGUGGCAUCCGCAAACGGGAACAGUGUGGAUGGGGAGGGUGUACCAACGCUCUACAGGGAAUGGUUACAAAACUUCCCGCAACAAAAGCCGAUCAAAUCUGCAAAGGACAUUUUUAAGGUUGCGCAGGAUCUCUCUGGUUGGAACGAUUCGACUGGUACCAUGAACACUUUCCUGCUCGAACCUAAUAGUUUCGACGUCAAUGGUACCCGUGGCCUAUUCAAUAACUAUCUCCAUUCAGCGUUGUUUAUGUACAGGCCAAUGAUUCGGCUCUUAGAUCACACGGAUGGCUUUGCUCCAUUUCUCACGCAGGCAGGAAUCCCAGUUAUACAGGUAUCCUACGUCAAUAAAGGGUACUUGCAUACUCGACGCAUGGACCCUAAACCCGCAUGGUUCCGGACGCAAUUCGACUCAUUAAAAAAGGUUCACUCGUCAAUGGACGCUGACUUUCGUCAUCACAUGGCUAUAGGAAAGGUUGUGGCUGAAUUGAUCCGCGAUCUCACAGAUUCGCUAUUCUUGCCGUUUAAUCUACUGGAGUAUGCGGUCACCCUACAAAGCUACACAGAUACUGCACAGCACCAUUUCAUAACCUUAUGCCGAAAGCCGGAUUCCAAAAUCUUCGAGCCGUUACAACAUGCUGUCGGAGACUUUUCCUUGAGAGCAGCUGAAUUCCAUCAUCGACAGGAUAUGCUGGACCUGCGCGAUCCGAUGGCUAUACGAAUGGUGAAUGAUCAGUUACUUCUACUCGAGCGCGCGUUCCUUAGAUCGUGUCCCAACCAGUGUUUGAGCGUCACUGGAGUUGACGUAUUCAACGAGCAACAUGGUGUUGCUACACCAGUAAAGACUUAUCCGCAGCUCAGCAAUAUAUUCCCAAGUGUUCUUGAUCUAAUAACACAGUCGCUCACUGAAUCAACCGAAUGCGAUGACGAACUGGGAGCCCGAAUAGUCCUGCUUGUUCACGAUAUUACCGAGAUCAUUCGGACAGCAACUGCUUCGUUGCAGUAUGUACUGACAUUCUGAGAAACUGCGGCCAGUGCUCGCUGUGUAAGAUUCAUCUAAUACAACAAGAAAGCCGGUCAAUGCUAGCUUUAUCAGCUCUUAUAAAAAUGAUCUAUACAUAAGUGAUUACAUGGGAUAACGUUCAAUAACAGUAUCGUAAAAUGGCUAGUUACUCUAUAGACUGGUUGCUAAUUACAUAAUUGUUAAUUUUUUCUACCUUGAACGAACAGCAGUUAUGGUAAUGUUAUUCAAUUUCUCUCAAGAUGGAAGAGCCUGAAGACCUUCCGUAUAUUACAAGUCCAUCAAACUAGAACAAGAAUAACGACGUCGUAUGAUUACAAUACUACGAAAUUGACGUUUAUGAAUUGUGCGGGUGGUUAUGCGAGGAGGAAAACGUAUCGAAACGUAUGAAGGAAAACUACUAGCGCCAUAUCAUUCACGACCACACUACCCUUUAAAUAUAGGUCAUGUCCUAGAUCGUCUGCCGUGAUGGAGUACGUCUAAGCAGACUGACGGUAUCCUAUUUUCAAAACGAUUAGCUUGACCAGUAUCUUAGCGCACGCACAUUCCACCUAAAACGCAGACAAAUCUAAAAAAUGAAUAAUCUCCAAUAAGAUUGUUAGGCAGGCGCAACCACGAUUCUGGUAUCAGCACUUAUGUAUGUCACACUUGUACGCAUCCGGUAUUUAGUAUUAGACAUGCCGUAGUGCAAACAAUGGCAAAACUGAAGGUUUUUUGCUGCGUCAAGUAGAGCACUUCUUAUGACGUAUACAAUCACUACAAAGGCAAUAAGUAAUCCUGUUGACGGGAAGCUAUCAUCUAUUGUUAGCUUAGUCCGCCGCUAGUAGUAAUAGUAGCGGUGGCGGCGGCAGCAGCAGCAGUAGCAGGAACACCGUUUUCUAUUCUAAAAAUUUAGUCAUCGAACAACAUGAGGCAAUAUCAAAUAAGGCAAUCAAGCCGAAACAUCAAUCAUUGUAUAUGAACUUUAUUGAAUUUUGUGAGACACAAGAAUGAUAUCUUAUCCAUCUAUAUAGGUAGCCAACGAUAGCCAGCAUUACUGUUUCCGAUAAACCCUAGAUGACACCAAGUCUUUGCUCUACCCCACGUAAAAAAAGAAAAAGUCGAAUAGAGAAAGAUCUGUUGAUAUUCUGAGUUGUGUAUAGUGUUUAAUUUUCGCAUUUCAUAGCAACGGUAUCGUAUGUAACCGACAGAAUUUUGGGAACCUAGCUCGAGAAGCUGACAGUCCGCUGGUGCCCUGCCCUGACGAACCGAUGGUGACAAAAUUGAGCUGAUCCAUCGCACUUGAAAUCAUAUCUCACGCAGCGUAUUGAGUUGCCUUAAUUUUAGGUUAGACUCCUAUUAAUUUCAUAUGUUGGCACGUCGGCUAGACUAGCAAUGCAGAAUCUCUAAUUUUACACUCUUCGCUGGCGUUCCUCGGUGGAUCGUUGUUUCAUACGUCUCGAAAGCUAAUUCGCCUGUUGUUAAUUCAUUUGUCAAACUUUGUUUUUCGUAAUUAUGCAGUUUUUUUUCCAGAGAAUCGAAAACCAUCUAAUUUAAAAACACGUUGCAUUUAAGCAUGUUCCUGUCAUUACUUCAUUCGUAAAUACGAAUACUGACAUGGUAUUAUUUUAAUGCUUUCCAGUUCUCCUUUAAUAUUGUACAUUCAAUCUGUCAUCUCUGGAAAAUCAAAUUGUAAGCAUGCUUACUACGGCAAAUAGGCGCCGGAGUAGUAAACACCGACAAACGUUUACUAGGUAGCUAAAGAGACAAUGAUUUCAACGCCUUCGGGCCAUGCGAUGGGAAUUAUGUGCAGAUGUAAAGUGUCGAAUGAAGAUAAUUUCGACUUACCGCUAAAUAAAAAUAACGCUAAGAGUACAUAGUACCGCUGUAUAAAUGACUAUCAGAAGCAACGAAUUAAAUAAUGAAUUAAAAAAUAUUGAUUUACGUACCAAAUUAACGUCAAUGUACCAUUAUAUCUCGUGCCCAUUAUGUCCUGUAUUCAUCUAUGAAAAGCGCCUACUUUCCAUGAAACAGACAAAGGCAGUAAGUAUAAGAAAACAGGAAGACCUACAACUCUGUAUUUUCCCAUGCAGCGGUGUAAAGAGCUAAAACCUUUUUCACGAAGUUUCGCUUUUAUAUAUAUAGCUCGUACAAGUCUAUGCAGAUCAUUAGCGUUGUUGCUAAAUAAUCUCUACUAUGCUGUCAAUAUCACACUUAGUAUCCACAUUACGUAUUGACAGUUAACUGAACAUAUCAAUCAGGGUGCAAAGACAAAAACUAUAUAAGAUUGUUUUAAGUACAUUUACGAAGUCUCUUUAAUUAUACUAUUGUAUCUCUGUAAUAUGUAAUCAUUAUUUAAUGCCUACACUAUUCUAAAAGGCAUUAUAGAGAGAAUAUAUAUAUAUAUAUAUGCAUUAUUUAGACGUCGUAGAUAUUUGACCUUAAAGAAAACGAUUAUUUAUUUAAUAUAUAUGUUUCUGGCAACCAACGAUCGUAGACUAAAGGUCUGCGACAGUCAAGUUCUUUGACUGCAGCUGAAGUAGCCAACAGUACUAAGACGACAUGGGAGUGAAGUUCAUUUGCCAACGUUUACUUCAACGUCCUCGUAUGCGUAAAAUCGACUUUUUCACAUAAAAGCGCUACCGAAUAAGACCACUACAUAAUUAUAGCUAAGGUCUAAUCUACAGUCUAUGAAUUAUAAUGCAUUACGAUUUGUAUUCCCAGUCUUCCCCUUGGAAAGAUAACCAUUCUAUAUAUAUAAUGCUUGUACAUAUAUAUAUAUAUAUAUAUAUAUAUAUAUAUAUAUAUAUAUAUAUAGAAAGGCCAGCCGGACAUAUUCUUAUUCGUUAUUUCUGGUAUAUUGCUAAAACUCAAUAUUUUCAAUGUCCUGUACAUGAAAAAAUGUAUUAGAUGGUAAAAAUAUACUUUCGACUUCUACCUAUACUUCGAGGAUCUUAUACAUACAUACGCCUUUUCUGUUUAUAGUCCACCUUUUAAUUAUUGAAACUAUGAGGUACGACCUAGCAAUUUUCCUUUACACUGCCUUGUGUUGGUACUUAAUUGCUGUUAGCCGCGUUAUAACGUGGCACCUAUGCGGUGUCUGAUGUGACUUCAGAGUUUGCCUCCAGCAGCUGGCCAUUUUAAGGAUGAAUUAUUUCUAUGCCUCAUUUUACGAGCAGCUUUACACACGCCAUGCGAACCUUGAGGCUUAGUGAGUCGUUGGUUUCAGUCUUUUGGAUGCAAUAAUAGGGUUGACUCAAAAGUUGUUCAUCAAGGUAAAUCGAAUGUCGUUACCUCGGUAGAAAUUACCACUGUAUUACGUGUAAGGUAUGCUGUUGAGUUUCAAAUAGACUAUAAAUUAUAAUUGUACUUGUACGCCAAUGAGAAAAGACGCUGGCCGCUUUCUAAGCACUAUCACUGACUAAAGGUCGAAAAGCCAAUCUUAAACUGAAACCAACACUUUCGUUAUAUUAUGGAACAUAUUGUAGUAGUAUUCUUGUGCAUGCAUAAUUGCGCGAGCGCAUUAAUAUAUUUGUGUAAGCUUAACAGUUAAGUAACGCCUAACUUUCAACGUUUACUUGACAACAAUGCAGAAACAUUCCAGAAAUAAAAAAGGCAUAUAAUGUACUAUUUUCAUUCAUUUUAAACGAACGUCAAUCUGUGAAUCACAUCGCUCCUUGUGAUGUGUAUCCAGUAAUAAACAAGGCCCUAAAAGCCCAAACUCAACUGCUAUAUUGUAAAUCUUCGACUAAAUAACGUAUAUAUAAAACUUCCUAGAAAUGCUUUCGCAAACUUUUCCCUUGAUUUAAACGCUGAAUUUUUAGCAAUACACACAGAUCUAUAAAUAAAUUCUUCGCUCUUUUGGAUCAACUGCUCAUCUUCGUACAUCCUUGAAGCCACUGCGUUUAAGUCAAUACAUUCAUCUAUUACGAAAUAUAGUCAUCCAAAGAUGGAUAAUUAAAUUAAGCACUGACUAAAACAAGGAAGCGAGCAAACUUAUAAUAUUAAAAUAUGCCUCUACUCCUAUAAGGGAAGCAUAAAUUAAUGACAACUAAUUGUAUCCAUUUUUUUAGUUAGAGUAAGAUAAAAGAAUCAUUGAUUGUGAGGCUGAGAUUUUCCGGUAUCGCUAAUUACUAUUGUAAUUUUUGUUUGUGCAAAAUUGCAAUAAGAAUAAAUAAAUACAAAUGCGGAAACAAUAUCAGCACCUGCCGACAGUUUUCUGCUAAUGUAAAAACGAGAUUUAAAGAACGAGUCCGUCGCUACAGUCUGCGGUUUAGAUUGCCGCUUACCAGUUCAUUGUGAAACCAACCUGUUUGUUGUUUUUCUAUCCAAUUAUUUAUCACUGAAACCAGUUGCAAACAGAAGCACGAAAUCUAACAAUUUUCGAGGGAUUUAUCACACAGUUAGGGAGUUUUUUAUUCACAGUGCGCAAAGAUAACUGACAUACUAUCACUGAUACACAACCCACGCUCUUACGCACAGCCACGAGUCACUCAUCAGCCUUACAGAUAUCUAUAUGAUAUUAUACAACAAGAAUUAUAUAUUAUAUAAAUAUAUUUGCAGAGAAUCCCAGCGCAACCUGACUCUUGGUAAAAUGAGCACAUAUUUGUAUUUUUAUAAUAGCCAGUAUGAAACGCAGAACUUCCAGAACAGAGGAACAUUUAGGCAACGGAAAAACAACAAGGCAGGCUCUGAACAGACCUAGAAAAGGACAGGCACUGAAAAGAGCAUAAGAGACAUAUUUUGACGACGAUGAUGAUUAUAAUGAUGAUACACACAUACAUACGCAUGAUGAACUCUCGUUUCCGCGCUGUAGACUCGCGUGUCGCAUCUUCUGUAACUUGGCAAAUUGCAAAUGUAUAGAUGGAACCAGAAGGAAUACGUGCGGCAACGACAAAAAAUCUAUUAUGUAUUAGAAUAACAACGCUAACCUCAAAGGACAUUCAUAAUAAUGGUUGGGUGGAUCUUGUUGAAAUUGUUUCUUCAUGGUCCUACGCUUCUAGAGUUGUGUGACAGAAGGGUAAGUCAGUAAGCAUAGGACGUGUCCAACGUCACCAAGCAUAAGCGUUGUUAUAACCAAUAAUCUAAUAAAUAUUAGCGUAUGAAGCGUUAUUGUGUGUGCAACCUGUGAUAGAACAUGAUACGCAUUAAAGCUAAGGAAGUUAGUGCGUCAAGAAAAGAA